AUGGUAUUAUAUCUCAACAACUCUCUCAACAACAUAAGUACCCAGGUGACUGAAUUCCUGAUGAUCUGCUUUCCAGGAAUGCAGGACACACAGCAUUGGCUAUCUGUAGUCCUGGCACCCCUCUUGAUUUUGGCCCUUGGGGCCAACUUUGUGUUAUUACUUGCCAUCUGGCAGGAGGCAUCUUUGCAUGAGCCCAUGUACUACCUUCUUGUUGUCCUAUCCAUUCUGGAUGUCAUCCUCUGCCUCACAGUAAUCCCCAAGGUCCUGCUUAUUUUCUGGUUCAACAUGAAGCCCAUCAGCUUUUCAGGCUGCUUCCUACAGAUGUUCAUCAUGAAUACAUUCCUUCCCAUGGAGUCUUCCACCUUUCUGGUCAUGGCCUAUGACCGCUAUGUGGCCAUCUGCCACCCACUGCGCUACCCGUCCAUCAUCAAUGAACAGUUUGUCAUUUAUUCAGUCAUCUUCAUUGUCUUCCGAAAUUUUCUGGCCACACUGCCCACACCAGUUCUGGCUGCCAGGCUCAACUACUGUGCCAGCAAUGUGGUAGAGAACUGUAUCUGUGCCAACAUUUCUGUGGCAAAGCUCUCUUGUGGGGAUAUUCGUCUAAAUAAGCUUUAUCAGUUUGUGAGUGUUUGGUGCCUACUAGGUUCUGAUUUGAUACUCAUUUUGCUAUCUUACUGUUUCAUCUUGAGAGCUGUUCUGCAUCUGCAGGCAGGGAGUGCAGCCACCAAGGCCUUGAGUACUUGUGGUUCCCAUCUCAUUCUCAUACUUUUCUUCUAUACAUUGCUACUAGUCUUCAUUUUCACAAACAAAGCAGAAAAAAAGGUGCCCUUAGAGGUGCCCAUUCUUCUCAAUGUGUUGCAUCAUCUCAUCCCACCAGCCCUAAAUCCCAUAGUUUAUGGAGUACGAACCCAAGAAAUCAAGCAAGGAAUUAUUAAGCUAUUCAAGGACCACUAUUGA